CCAAAAGAUAAAAAAAUUAUUGAUUUUACCAAAAAAUUAAUCAAACAAAAUAAACAAAAAUAGUUAUGGCAUACUUUGCGUUGCUUUGGAAAGCGAGGACUAUAGAAAAAUAUAGGCAGAAUUACGAAAAUGAGAAAUAUAAUUCGAUCAUGGCCGCAAACACACCGAUACCAGAGAAAUCGUUGUCGCAAAGAUGGCGCUACUACCGUUCGGACACUCGCAAACGGAUUUCAAAGAUAUUCAAAAGACUAUACCCCGAAGGUUCCUCCAUAUCCCACUUUUUGCUAUAUUUGAAAACUGAUUUGACAAUUCCGAACUUUAUUCUCAAGAGCGUACUUGGAUUUCUUGGUGGCAUUAUGCUGACGUAUCUUUGCUUCUUAUUCUUGGUCUUUCAACUUUCUAUUUCCCUUUUUCACGCGACCGUCGUGAGUUUUAUUAUUGGAGUACUGCUUACUUUGGGCUUGGCUUUUAGUAAUAGAAUCAGAUGUUUAGUAUUUCUUCUGAUCCCCCAAUUAUUCUCUCGCGUGGGAAGGUACACCCUGACUUGUUAUGCCUUAGUUCUGAUUCUGACUGGUCCCGCCAAGAAUACUUUGAAGAAUUCAGAAAUAUUAACGGAGUCUAUGGCGUGUCAACAGGUACAAAUAAAGGCCACCGUCAACCAAAUUAGAUACUCGAUGAGAAAACCAUACAAUUCAAUGGGAAACUCCAUAAAUAUAAUUAUACAUAGACUGAACAACGUUAGAAGACAAUUCAAGGCGAUUUUACUGAAAUUAAAUCGAUUGGUCUUAAGCAUCCUAGAAGUCAUACAGUCUGGAUUCUCCUGGUUGAAUUCAUUGACAGAAAUUUGCAACAAAAGAUUUGGCACACCACUCGAAAGAUGUAAGAAAGUCUUAAAUGAAGGUAUCGCACAAUGUAAAAAGAGACAAGAUCAAAAUUCCAACUGGGAUUGUGAUAUAUCAGACAAAGCGAAUAUCAUUUGCUCUAACGCCAAACGAUAUAAUGUUAUUUGUGUGUAUGUUGAUUAUAUCGAUGGGAGUAUUAUUGCUACAAUCAAAAAGAGGUUGAAGAACUACUCCAAGCGUAUCAGGAAUAUGCUCUACCUACAAAUACACACCCACCAUUCGUAUUCAUUCAGUAGUAACACCAGUCACUCCGCCAGCCAAGUGGCCGCUGGUAUCGUAACUGAAAUCAGGAAGAGAGCUGAUCCAUUGCUCACUUGGCUUUCUUGGAGUUCGUGCGUCACAAGCUUGUUUUUACUUCUUAUAAUAUUCAGAGCAAAAUAUUAUCAACACAUGUUCGAAACAAGGUCUCGCUUUGACAAUCGAUACAUAACGAAGGAGAUGCGCGAUUUGGACUUAAAAAGAUUGCGGCAAGGUAGAGAUACUGUCUUACCUCUAAAUAGAAGAGAACGCAUAAAGUAUGUUACGACGACCUCAUUUCGACUUGUUACUUCAGAGAAAGUCUAUAUGACCAGAUCUGCGGUAUUCACGGCUAUAACUACGUUCAAAUUACUCAUACACAUGGUCGCUGAUUACAGCUUGUUCUGGGUAUUAGCUACUAUACGACAUCACGGGAAAUUACAGACUAUAUUACCAAUGGAAGCCCCUGAUUCUGGAGUAAAUAUAUCAGGAACAGGAAAAAUGGCUGAGAUGUUUCAAUCUUUAUUAAAUGCCCUGAAAACUCCUUUAGAAUAUCAGCAAGCAAACGAGAAUUGUCUGCCAAAUCCUCAUCCACCUGACUUGCAGCGAUAUUCGCAAAUUGGAAUAUUAAUAUUUCUUCUGUGGUUCUUUGCGUUAUUCGAGCCGUAUGGGCUUCGUCUGCGUCACGUGAUCAUGGGGCACUAUAGGCCGGAACGUGCUAAGGCGAGAGCUGAAUGGUUGUACAACCACAUAUUAAGAACGAGAGGUGGUUUUAUGAAAUUCGCACGACGGAAAUUACAUCGUAAAUAUAAAUAUUGCACGGAAGAGAAAUAUACGUUUAUAAAAUGGCUGGAGACUCGUAUACCUUUUUGGUGGCUCCGAUCCUUAUUGGGCAUAAAUCCAAAAGAACCACACUGUCUUCUUUGUGGUACUGAGGAACAUCGAAAUGAUGCCAACACGCGCCUUCAAAGGUGCAAUUCCAUCAAUUGUCUUGGGAUCUACUGUACAAGUUGUUUUGUAGAUAUAGGUCAACUGUGCACAGUAUGUCUUUCCCCUAAUGAUUAUGGAGACUUAAGCGACGUGAGUUUAGAAAAGGGUUCAUCCGAUGAAAGUGAUGAAGAAUCUGACAGUAAAGCAGGCAGUACAACACAAUUAUUAGACAAGACCACUGAUGAUAUCAAUGAUGAGUUGCUACUUAUUAUAGAGGGUAAGAAAAGCAAUAUGUUACAAGAAAAAAGACAGAUAUUUAGUUCAAUACAGAACGAAGAUAGCACAGAGUUUUCCGAAAAUACACCACUUCUAUACGAUAGCGGUGCAGUUUUUAAUAAACAAACAUAUAUUUCAUAUAAUGAAUAUUCUUCUACUAGCAAUAAACGUGCUGUCAUAAGAAGCGCUUUCAAUAUCACAAGUGAAGAAAAUAAGCAACUAGAUGACCAAGAAUAUGAUAAGCGAGAAAUAUUUAACAGCAAUAUAGAAAAUAAACAUACUUGUUACUAUGUACGUAAAUUUCUAAACCUAUGUUCCGGUUACUGGCACGGUAUCAAGGAAAAUGUUACUUCAUGCAGUGAUUUAAUAAAUGCAUCAACAAAAAUCAAUCUUAAACGCGACAAUGUUACAAAAAAUUACAAACGUCGGAAAAAAAGUAAAAGUAACUCAAAAGCUACGACCAAAUACAGAAGUUACGAAAGAAAUGAUGAUGAAGAAACAAGGAAAUAUAGAAUAUCUGCAUUCCUUGAAGAACAAGAUUGGAUUAAAAGACUAGAAAGGAAAAGAUCUAAGAAAAUUCGAAAUAAGCGAUUGAAAGUAUUGAAUGAAGGAUUACGAUUAGAAAAUUUAAAAGAAAAUUAUGUUACUGAAACUGUUAAGAAUACAAAUUUUGAUUACAACAAUACAGUGUAUGAAAACUUUAACCAAAACUUUGGAAAUUUGCCCAAAUUAGAGAAAUGUGAAGUGUGUCAAGAACAUAUACCGAAUUCAUUAGUUGUUAACUCAAGAAAUGAGAAGACAUCUGCAGAUAUAACGAGACGAAUGUCAUUCUAUAAAUCAAUAGGAAAUGAUGAUUUCGAUAUAUUGAAAAACGAAUUAAAUCAAGAGCCUAAUAGAAAUUUUCCAUCGUCAAGCAAUACAGGCCAAACGAUUCCAAUAAUGAGGAAAGAGGAUAAUUUGAUCCAAAACGCAAAUAUUAAGAAUGGUAGACAUACAUCGAAUAGUAGAGAUGUAAAAUCAGAAAAUAAAACUGUAGUGCCAUCUCCAGUAGCAGUUCAAUUCUGCGAGUGCCUAUCUGAAGCUGGAACCAAACAUCAGCAGCCAGAAGAGAAACCCCAAAGGAAACUAACACAGAAGACCAAUAUAACUGAUGCUGAAGUGGAAGCCGCACCAGUUAUAUGUCACUGUGGUACACAAUAUACCACAACAUCAGAUAAUGUCAAAAAAGAUAAAAAAAUCAUUGCCAAAGUCCAGCUAGAGCAAAAAGAAAAGGCAACGAAAAAAGAGAUGGCAGAAGAUAUAGAAGCUCAACCUUCAAAAUUUCGUACCUCCAAUUAUGAAGACAGCAGGCCCGAUGAGAGGAAAGAAGAAAUUAGUGGGACCAGUUUUGAGAGUUCCAGCCAGAUGUGCUUGUUGAGGAAAUUAGCUGCUAAUGAAAACGUAUGGAGCGAAAUUUAUGAAUACACAUCAGGGAUUUCUAUCAAAUCAGAUUCUUUAAUAAGUAGCUCUAUAAAUAUCAAUGCAUCUAUAACAGACAACACUGUAUGCAGCUACGUAUGUAUAGAUAAAAUACAUGAUAAGAAAUUUAAAAAACCUAAAUACGCAGUGGUCACUAAAGCCAAUCAAUGUACUACCACAGACAGAGCCAGGUUAUGUGAUGUUAGUACUAUAAUUGACGAUUGGUGGAGUCCUAUUGUUGAAAGGAAGAAGAUUGGAGAAGUUUACUUUGAGAAGAAAGCGGGAGACUUUGAAUUAUUAAAUAAGAACGCUCGUAACAAGAGAAAGAGCAGAGCAGCUGCUACUGAUGGCAAAUUUGUAACGUUUACAAGUAAAGCUCAAAUUAUUCCCAGAGGUACAGAUGACAUUCUAUCGGCGUCACGUUAUCUGCUGCAGUCUCAGAAGUAUUACAACGAAUUGUUUAAUGCGAAAUAUAAUGGGUCGUACAUGUAUCCUAACGACGCGGUUCAGAAUCUUGAGAGAAAUCACUCGCCAAAUGAUAUUCAUCGCGCCCGCAAAAGUCACAGAAGUAAGCGACUGGAAGAAUGCUAUCCAUCAAGAAAAUAG